UGAGCGUGCAUGACAUGUUUUUUGCUUACCAUAAUAGUUCAACUCGCAAAAAUAUUUCUGUAUUCUGUGAGAGUUUUUACUGCUACCGUUGUGAACCUAAAACAAGUUAAAAUUACCAGAGCCCUAUAACAAAGUCUACUCGAUCAUAUAUUUCAAAUGAGACGAGUUGCUCGUCAAAGCUUCUGUAGUAAGUACUGCCCAUAAACACGUAAAAAUCCAAAAAUAAUUUUGUUCCGGGCUUGUGAAUUUGUGUGUGAGAAAUGGAGCAAUUUAGUGUAACAAAGGUGGAAAAAGCCACUUCAAUAAAGGUAGAAGAACUUAUAAUAUCCGACGUUGUGGCUACGAGGGAGGAAACUCCGCUCGCAAGCAAUGAUCAGUGGUCCGAUGAACAAACUGUUACGAACGCCCUGAGCAAAGGAGCUACUGAUGUGAAACAAGUACCAGAGAUUGACAUCACCGAUAAAGCUGAGACAGGGGCAGCUUGUGAUAAAAUUGCAGUUGCUACCUCCAGCAACUUAAACGGAUCGGAAAAUGGUGUUGGUGAUCAUCCACCGAAAAAAUACGUUUGUGAAUUCUGCAGCAAGGAAUUAAGCACAAAGUAUAGCUUGGCGGAUCAUAGAAGAAUUCACACCGGAGAACGACCUUUUGCAUGUGAUAUCUGCAGCGAGACAUUCAGCUCAGUACGAAGUUUGCGGUUCCAUAAGAGUACUCAUAAGAGGGACCUAAAGUUCGAGUGUGACAUAUGUGAGCAACGAUUCCAACUUAAAUCACGUCUUGCGUGGCACAUGAAGACACACCGCUCAGAUUGCCCUCAUAAGUGCUUAAUUUGCGAUGAAAGAUUUCAAUAUUCCGAUAAUCUCGCAGACCAUAUGGUUCGUCACAGUAAAGAGCGACCCUUCAAAUGCGAUAUCUGUGACAAAUCAUACAAAAGGUCUAGAUCCUUAAAGCGUCAUAUCUGCAGAUUAAACGAUCCCCUCCCAAGCAAGCCGAAAAAGCGCAAAACUGAUGUUGAUCAACUACCAAAAAAGCACGUUUGCGAAUUCUGCAACAAGGAACUGGGCACAAAAUACCGGUUGGAAGAUCAUAGAAGAAAGCAUACCGGGGAACGACCUUUUGCGUGUGAUAUCUGCAGCAGAACAUUCCACACAGCAAUGCGCUUGCAGUACCAUAAGAGUGCUCAUGCAGACGACCGGAAAUUCGAGUGUGACAUAUGCAAGCGAUGUUUCUCCGUGAAAUCAAAUUUAGCGGUCCACAUGAAGGUACACCGCCCAGAUUGCCCACAUAAAUGUCUGGUUUGUGAUAAAUUAUUCGCAACUAGUUACCAUCUCGAACAACAUAUGCGCACUCACACCAAUGAACGAUCCUUCAAAUGCGAAAUUUGUGACGCUUCAUACAAGAGACCUAAUGGUCUAGUACGUCAUAUGAAGAGCCACAAUGUCGACCCCUCUCCAGGCAGCACAGAAGGUUUAGAGCCAAACCAGACCGGUAACAGCCAGAACAAUGGAUCUGCGAAAUACAACUGCGACAUAUGCGGUAAACAGUACAACCGGUUGAGACCGUUUAACUCACAUCUGAAACGUCAUCAGAGCACCACUGUGAGACCUGAUAGUAAAACCCAACACAAAAAGCUGUACGAGUGUGAAAUUUGUGGAAAAAGAAAUCCGAAUAGAGCACUGCACGUAAGGCACAUGCACUGUCACACUUCAGAUCGGCCUUUUAAUUGCGAUAUUUGCGGUUCAACAUCAAAGUCAGCCGGUGAUUUAAAACGCCAUAAGGAAAGGCACAGCUCCGAGAGACCGUGUAAAUGCGAAAUUUGCGGGAAAGGUUUUUUAUAUCCUAGUGAGCUAAGACAGCACAUGCUUUGCCACACUAAUGAACGGCCUUUCAAAUGCACUGAUUGCAGCCUAUCAUUUGAGUCAGAAUAUAAAGUGAGCAAUCAUGUUUUGAAUGUUCACAAGCAGGAGCAAGACCACUCGGAGCGUUCGUACGAAUGCUCGCUUUGCGAUAAACGGUUUGCAUGCAGACAAAAUCUUUGGUCACAUCAGGCUUGUCACACUGAAGAACGACCAUACAAAUGCGAUAUUUGCUUGUUAUCAUACAAAACAUAUCGUGCGUUACGGGAUCACAGAAGAACGGAAAAGCACAUUAAGCAAAUAUUAAUUGCGAACGAAAACCAAUUUAGCGUAACGAAGGUGGCAGAAGCCCCUGUAAUAAAGGUAGAAGAACUCAUAAUAUCCGACGUUGUGACUACGAAAGAAGAGACUCCGUUCGCUAGCAGGAUGGACAUCACCGAUAAAGUUGAGACUAGCACAGCUUGUGAUGAAAUUGCAGUUGCCAGCUCCAGCAACUCAAACGGUUCUGAAAUGCAUAAUUCCGGUGUUAGUGAUCAUCCGGAGAAAAGGCACAUUUGUGAAUUCUGCAACAAGGAAUUAAGCACAAACUAUAACUUGGUGGCCCAUAGAAGAAUUCAUACUGGGGAACGACCUUAUGUGUGUGAUAUCUGCAGCGAAACAUUCAAAACAGUUCAAAAUCUGCGAUACCAUGAAAAAAAUCAUGCAAGCGGGCGUAACUUCAAGUGUGACAUAUGUGAGCAACGGUUUCCGCUAAAAUCACGUCUUGCGUCACACAAGAAAACGCAUAGCUCAGAUUACCCUCAUAAGUGCUUAAUUUGUGAUCAAAGAUAUCCAUAUAGUUGGCGUCUUACAGAACAUAUGCGCACUCACAGCAAUGAGCGACCCUACAAAUGUGACAUCUGUAACAAAUCGUACAAGAGGUAUAAAGCUAAGAAGCUUCAUAUCUGCAAAUUAUAUGAUCCAAGUUGCAGUAAGCCGAAAAAACGCAAAACUGGUAUUGUUGAUCAACCACCGAAAAAGCACAUUUGUGAAAUAUGCAACAAAGAACUGGGCACAAAAUACAGGUUGGAAGAUCAUAGAAGAAUACAUACCGGGGAACGACCUUUUGCCUGUGAUAUCUGCAGCAGAACAUUUCACACAGCAAUACGUUUGCAGUACCAUAAGAGUGCUCACACAGAAGACCAGAAUUUCGAGUGCGACAUAUGCAAGCGGCGUUUCUCCGUAAAAGGAAAUUUAACGAUCCACAUGAAUAUACAUCGCACAGAUUGUUUUCACAAAUGUUUGAUUUGCGAUAAAAAAUUUCCCUCUAGUUGUCAUCUCGAACAACAUAUGCGUGCUCACAGCAGCGAACGAGUUUUCAAAUGCGAAAUCUGUGACGCUUCAUACAAGAGAUCUACUAGUCUAGAACGUCAUAUGAAGAUCCACAAGGUCGAUCCCACCCCAAGCACCACAGAAGGUUUGGAGCCAAACCAGGUCGAUAGCAACCGGAGCAAUGGAUCCGCAAAAUACACGUGCGACAUAUGCGGAAAACAGUACAAAGGUUUGAGACCGUUGCACUUUCAUCUGAAGCUUCAUCAGACCACCACUGUGGGAUCUGAUGAUAAAAACCAACACAAAAAGCAGUAUGAGUGUACAAUUUGUGGAAAAGGAAAUCCGUCUAAGGCAAUGCUCAUAAGGCAUAUGCAACGUCACAGUAACGUACGGCCUUUUAAUUGUGAUAUUUGCGGUUCAUCGUUUAAAUCAGCUGAUUAUUUAAGACGCCAUAAGGAAAAGCACAUCUUUGAGAGAAAAACACAAGAGGCGAUACUAUUCCAGACUGAUUCGUUAGUUGCAAAUUCUUAGAGUGAAACAUGUACCUAACAGGUUGAAUUUUCGAUAGGCCAAAAAUGCUGAGAUUUACGCGAAAAAGUAUUAAACUGCUAUAAAAUGA